UGGUAGACUGUGGCAGAAGGUGGAGCGGCUUCGUCUUGCACGGAGUUUCGGUGGAGCUGUCAAGUCAUGCCUGGCCAACAGGUGCUACGCAGAGUCAUGUCUGGUUGGUAGGUGCUACGCACGACAGAUCUUUCGGAGACUUCACAUCUGGAUGGAUGAACGCAGGGCAGUGACGCCGUUGGGCGUCGUGGUGGCGUCGGCGGAUGAUUGGACUGGCAAGGAUGAUGCGGAUCUCUUUCCUGAAGAUGGGCCAAUGGUUCGAGGAUGAUGGCGGCUGGUAAAACGUGUGCGUGAGGUGUGCGUUUUAGGUGUGCUGCACCGUGUGUUGCUCCCGAUACGUUAUGUAGAUGGAUUGGAAACAACACCGGUCUUAGAUAUGCGGAGUGAGAGCACUCCACAUUAUCGAGUUUGUAUGUGUGAGUGUUGACUUUAGGUGAUUUGAUGUAUACUCUUGUUAAACCUUUGUGGAAUAAUUAAUAAAAUGGCUGCAUGCAUCAACUGAUGCAGAGGCCGGGGGUUUAACCUCCUUUUCUAAGAAAAAGAAAAGGGCCAUCUCACAAAGCUCCUACCAUAGAAUAAAGUAUGUGGCGCCUCUCCUCUUUGUGACGGCCUCUCUCAUGUCAUGUCUCGUUCAGAGGGUUCCUGUCAGAAGGAUAGAAUAAAUCUUGACCGGAGGAAGAACGCGCGCGGACACGAUUAAUGGAGCAGCCAUUUGUUCACGAGGUUGCACAGUCAGUAAGCCGUUCUCUCUUCCGGGCCGGGCCCCGAUAAUCUUGCCCACCUCAAACAGCGACGCAAGUGGUGGCGAACGAGUCAAGGUCUCCGCUGCCAGAUGCGGCCCUGGCGUGUGGACGUGAGGACGCUGUACAUGUGUUCUUAAUCCCCAUGAUGGGGGCCUGAGCUUGCUUCAGCAAUCAGCACCCAACUCACAAACCACCACCACCACCAUCCGGCGAAAACCGUAGCAGAGAAGGCUGCCGCCUGCCGUGCCGUGCGCUCCGGCCGAGCAAGCUAGCAGAGGCGACAGACUUAAAUUCAUGGCAACACGGAGAUCCCUGGAACCGAGCACGCUUGUGCUGCCAGCACUACUGUUACUGCUGUUUUAUGGAGCUGGUAACGCCUACUGCUCCGUGGUUUCUGGUAACACCACGGAUCGACGUUCAUUGCUCGAUUUCAAAAAGGCCAUCACAAAGGAUCCGACAGGAGCCUUGCGCUCUUGGAAUGACAGCAUCAACUACUGUAUGUGGUUGGGAGUCAACUGCAGCAGAACACACCCAGGACGUGUUACAGUGCUGAAUCUCGAGAAUUUGAGCUUGGAAGGCGAAAUCACACCCUCUAUAGGAAGCCUAACCUUUCUUAAAUAUCUUGACCUAUCCAACAACUCACUGCAGGGGAAUAUUCCAGACGCACUUGCAAAUUGUUCCAGACUCACAAUACUAGACCUCUCUUCUAACUCACUGCAGUGGAAUAUUCCAGGCUCCCUCUCCAAUCUAGGAGUAAAUAUUAUGGACUUUUCCAACAAUAACCUUACUGGAAACAUCCCGCCAACCUUCAGCAACAUGACUCAGUUACUAGCAAUAUCACUUGCACACAAUCAUCUCAAGGGAAGCAUUCCGGAAGAGCUUGGCCUAUUGCCAAAUAUGGUUUGGGUGAUACUGCGCGAAAAUAGGUUAUCAGGUAGAGUUCCAGCAAAAUUGUUUAAUCUAUCAUAUCUUCUAGUCCUAGAUGUGAGACAAAAUAUGUUAAGUGGCACACUGCCAUCCGACAUUGGCAAUCUUCUCCCUUCUCUGCAAGUGCUUUACUUGGGUACUAACAAGUUUGAAGGACACAUUCCAGAUUCACUUGCCAAUGCUUCGUUGCUGCAACGGCUAGACUUGUCAUCUAAUUAUUUCUGAAGAUACCGUUUAAAAACGAGAGAGAGGAUAAAAUGAUGGAACCGUCUUUUCAUUGAUGAAGAUGUGGGUAUUUAUACCCCUGUUACAGAGGCGGUUUACAAGGAACGGUUGCUAAAACAAGGCAACCGGCAACGCAGGGAUUAUCCCAUUAAUUAAUACAUUUAACUAAUUCCUAACACUCCCCCUAAUCCAUGCUUGUCUUUGUAAAUGUGCAUCAUCUUGAUAAAUAAUAAUCCUUGUAAAUUUUUCUCUUUAAGAAUGUUCCUCAUCUUCA